UAUGGUUUUUUUGGGGGCAUUUUUUAGUAAAUUAGUAUAACUCCCCCAAAAAUAUUUAUAAUAAGCCAUCACCUUUUUUAAUAAAUAAAUUAUCUUCUUAGCAGAUCCAAAUGUAAAAGAGACUCCCAUCAAAGCAACCCUUCUUUGUUUGUCAAUUCCCAGUCCAAAUCUUUCAACAUCUCACGACCUCUUCGCAUUGCUUCAUUAUUAGUAGAUCCCUAUCUCUUGUUUUUCUCCUCUUAAACUCUAUUUUUUUUUCCGUCCAGAUUGUUCUAGAAUUUUAGAUCUUUGUUUCUUUUUUUUUUCAGAACAAUUUUCCAUCAAAUUUUGGGUACUUUCCAGAUAUGGGAAAAGUUUCAGCCAUUAUAUACAUUGCUGUGGCUCUUCUAAUCCUCUUCCUCAUCUCGCAUUCCCCUAAGAAACACCCCAACCACAGCCGCCAUCGCCGCCUAAAGCUCCGCUCUUCUUUCAGCUUCAGCAACCCCACCCACCACGAGCCCGUGGCUUUUGAUCCUCUCGUCGCCGACAUCGAGCGCCGCCGUGAAGAUCGACAAUGGGAGAAGCAGUACUUGGAGCACACCCAUCCUGAGCUUGUAAAUGACCACGCUCCGGGUCACGAGUCGCAGCCCGAGUGGGAGGAUUUCAUGAACGCUGAGGAUUACUUGAAUGAUGAGGAUAAGUUCAACGUUACCAAUAGGUUGGUAAUGCUGUUCCCCAAGAUUGAUGCGGACCCUGCAGAUGGUUUUGUAACGGAGAAUGAAUUGACUGAGUGGCAUCUACAACAAGCAGCAAAGGAAGUCUUGCACAGGUCUAUGAGGGAGAUGGAAGUUCAUGACAAGAACCAUGAUGGAUUUGUUUCAUUUGCAGAGUAUGAGCCUCCCAGUUGGGUGAAGAAUGACAACAAUUCUUUUGGCUAUGACAUGGGCUGGUGGAAAGAGGAACAUUUUAACGCAUCAGAUGCCAACGGUGAUGGUUUGUUGAACAUAACCGAGUUCAAUGACUUUCUGCAUCCAUCUGACAGCAAAAGCCCAAAGCUGCUACACUGGCUGUGCAAGGAGGAAGUAAGAGAAAGAGAUACAGACAGGGAUGGGAAGGUUAACUUUGAUGAGUUCUUUCAUGGGCUCUUUGAUUUGGUGAGAAACUAUGAUGAAGAAGAUCAUAACUCUUCCCAUCCAUCUCACGACUCAUUGGAGUCCCCGGCUAGACAUUUGUUUAGCCAGCUUGAUAAAGAUGGGGACAGACUGUUGUCUGAAGAAGAACUACUACCAAUAAUUGGGAAAAUUCAUCCAUCUGAGCGGUACUAUGCGAAACAACAAGCAGAUUACAUCAUAUCACAGGCAGAUUCAGAUAAAGAUGGUCGCUUAAGCUUACUCGAGAUGAUUGAGAACCCAUACGUAUUCUAUAGUGCCAUCUUCAGUGAGGAUGAGGAUGAUGAUGACUACGAAUAUCACGAUGAGUUCCGCUAAAUGCUAAUUUCAUGAUAGGACACAAAGACAGCAAUAGGAUUCAAUUUCUUUUCUUGCAAGAAUUGUAUGCUUUAUAGAAUUAGUAAUUAUGGAACCUUUUUUUCCAUUAAAUUUUUAAGAGCUUCGAGUUUUUCAGGAUUGAAAACCCCUUACAAAAUGCGAAAACAUUAGUUAUUUAUUUAUUAACUAAUGAAUGAAUUGCCUCUGCCCA